AUGCGGCGGAGACUGGGGAAGGAGGUAGCGACGGUCGCGGACUACUGUGGCUUGGAGGCGGGCCGGUCGACUGGGGAAGGAUUUGGGGCGGGUCGGCGGCAGCGUGAGGUGGUGGACAGCAGCGCGAGGGGUGCGCACUGCGCUGGGACGCUCUACUGCAACGGUGUCGGCGAAGCGCCGUCGGCCACGCUGGCUGAGAUCACCCUCGCGUCGACGCCCACCGCACAGGACUUCUACGACGUGAACCUCAUCAACGGCUACAACAUCCCCGUCUCCAUGACGUCGUUCCACGGGUCCGGCGCCAACUGCGUGCCUGUCGGCUGCGUCGGUGACCUCAACCGCGUCGUCAGCUGUCCGAGCGCCUGCGUCGCAUACGGCAUGCCACAGUACUGUCGCACCGGCGUGUCCAGGAGCCCGCAGCAGUGUUAG